UUCAGUUUUGAAAAUCGUAGAUUUCGCCCGCGCAGCGCCGCCCGGUUGCUCCUCCGGUGCGGAGAGCCUACGAGGCCGGGGUCCGGGAGGAUCUGGGAGGCGGGGGCUUACUUAGGGAGACCGCGGAACUUGGAUCGGAGCAACCCUUUAGAGACUCGGUGCAGUCAAAAAGAGCCACCAUGGGGACCACUGCCCCAGGACCCAUUCACCUGCUGGAGCUAUGUGACCAGAAGCUCAUAGACUUUGUCUGCAACAUGGACAAUAAGGACUUGGUGUGGCUCAAGGAGAUCGAGGAGGAGGCGGAGCGCAUGUUCAUAAGAGAAUUCAGCAAAGAACCAGAGCUGAUGCCCAAAACUCCUUCUCAGAAGAACCGACGGAAGAAGAGACAGGUUUCUUGUGUUCAGGAUGAAAACAGAGACCCAAUCAGGAAGAGAUUAUCCCGCAGAAAGACUCGGAGCAGCCAGCUGAGUUCUCGGCACAUCUGUAGCAAGGAUAAGGUGGAGAAGCUGGCUACAGUGAUGGGGAAGAAUGGCUCUCCUGUGCUACAGCGGGUGACCCGAGCUGCAGCCGCCGCAGCUGCAGCCGCUGCAGCCGCAGCCGCUGCUGCAGCCUCCUCCACAGCAUCGGCUGAAUCUUCACCUAUCCCCGAGCUUCCCAGCAUGCUGACCGAGAAGCCCAUGGUGGUGAUAGGCCUUACUGAGCGCCGGAGUGCUGAACAGUGCCUCACUCAGUGCAUGGCUGCCUCAGCUCUGUCACAGGUUCCAUCCCCAGCUCCCACUCCAGCUGCACCUUCGGCUUCCCAGGGCAUCCCGACAUCGGAUGUUGAAUCAACACCUAAGAAGUUAGAGGCCGGAAGACUGGAGUCUGUCACAGUGAGCUCUUUGAUGGCUACGCCCCAGGACACCAAGAGUCGAGGGGUUGGGACUGGACGGUCUGUGUCCAAGCUCAAGAUUGCGCAGGCUUCCCCAGGUCUGUGGGACUCACACAGCUCUCCAGACUCUCCAUGGAAGGAGCGGGUGCUGGCCCCCAUCCUGCCAGAGAACUUCUCCACCCCCACGGGCUCCCGUGCAGUCCCUCAGUCAGUGCGUCGCAGCCUGAUUGCCCUGUCCUCCCCGGAUGCCCAAGUCUUACUCACCCAAAAGUAUUCCCUGGUGUCCAGACAGGAAGGCACCAGCCGCAGAUCAAGCAAAAAGAUCAAGAAGGCUGCCAAGGAGCCAGCUGCCUCUGCCCGCAUCAUCUGUCACAGUUACCUGGAGAGGCUCCUGAAUGUUGAGGUGCCCCAAAAAGUCAGCCCUGAGCACAAGGAAUCCAGUGACAAGGAUGAGCCUGUGGAGGCAGACAAGCCAGAGGCCUCCAAGAACGAUGGGAGUAACUCGAGGCUCCAUGGUGCCACCAAGGUUGCCCCUAGUGCGUCCACAUUGAAGCCUGCAGCUGGUGACCAGGAAGCACCCUCUUCCUCUGAAGGGCAACAAGAGGCCAAGACUGAUGAAGCAGAUAGACACAGAGAGCCACCCCGGAGUGUCAGGAGGAAACGCAGCUAUAAGCAGGCGAUGAGCGAGCUGGACGAGCAUCAUCUGGGGGAUGAGGAGCUGCAGCCCCCCAGGUGUAAGACUCCUUCCCCACCCUGCCCAGCCAGCAAGGUGGUACGGCCCCUCCGGACCUUUCUGCACACAGUGCAGAGGAACCAGAUGCUCAUGACCCCAACCUCGGGAUCCCGCAGCAGUGUCAUGAAGUCUUUCAUCAAGCGCAAUACUCCCCUGCGUGUGGACCCCAAGUACAGCUUUGUCGAGAAGGAGCGCCAACGCCUGGAGAACCUGCGGCGGAAGGAGGAGGCUGAGCAGCUGCGCAGGCAGAAGGUGGAGGAGGACAAGCGGCGGCGGCUGGAGGAGGUGAAGCUGAAGCGUGAGGAGCGCCUCCGCAAGGUGAUGCAGGCCCGAGAGCGCGUGGAGCAGAUGAAGGAGGAGAAGAAGAAGCAGAUAGAGCAGAAGUUUGCUCAGAUCGAUGAGAAGACCGAGAAGGCCAAGGAGGAGCGGCUGGCAGAGGAGAAGGCCAAGAAAAAGGCGGCGGCCAGGAAGAUGGAGGAAGUGGAGGCGCGUAGGAAGCAGGAGGAGGAAGCGCGCAGGCUCAAGUGGAUCCAGCAGGAAGAGGAGGAGCGACGCCAUCAAGAGCAGCUGCAGAAGAAGAAGGAGGAGGAGCAGGAGCGGUUGCACAAGGCCGAGGCCAGGCGGCUGGCAGAGCAACGGGAGCAAGAGCGGCGGCUGGCAGAGCAACGCGAGCAGGAGCGGCAGCUGGCAGAGGAGCGCAAGAGGGAGCAGGAGCGCAAGAGGGAGCAGGAGCGGCUCCAGGCCGAGAGAUGUACACCCCAUGGUGAUGAGGAUGACCCAGGGUGCCUCCCACCCCAGCUCCCCACCUUGGGGACUCUGGAUUCCAUGAACCCUGGGACCUCCUGGCUGUGCCGAGGAGUGGUCUCUGAGGGUAGGGGAAGGGAGGUGAUGGCCAUAUUGAUUUUUUUUUUUCCCCCCCAGUCUCCAGUUUGUACCUCAUAUCAAAUGACUCCACAAGGGCCCAGGUCCUGCCCCAUAAUCAUUACAGAUGAUUAUGGGAUGGACCUGAAUAGUGAUGACUCUACUGAUGACGAGGCCAACCCCCGGAAGCCUAUUCCCCGCUGGGCCCAAGGUGCCCAGAUCUCACAGGCUGUCGUCUCUCAAUACUGUAACCCACCGAACACUGAUGAGAUUUUUGGACCCAUUCUCCUGCCUGACUUGGAGGACAUCUUCAAGAAGAGCAAGCCCCGCUACCACAAGCGCACCAGCUCGGCUGUCUGGAACUCGCCGCCCCUGCGGGACACCAGGACUCCUGGCAUCCUGGUCCACAAUCUGAAGAAGUACUGAAGCAGGCCCAUGGCCUCUCUGCUGUCUCUGUGCCCAUCUGUCUGUCUCUGUGUUGGCUGACAUCCUCCUACUUGGUCUGUCAGUGCUGAGGGCUUGGUCAGGUGGCUGUGAGCCUCCUUGGUGUGCGGGUGUUUGUGCUGCAGAUGGAAGGUGGCCCCAGGCCUGCAGGGGCCAUGGGCUUGGUGGAUGGCUGGGGAGGAAGCAGGCCCAGCCUCAACCAGCCUGCAGGCAGCACUGUGUAAAUAGAUUAUUACAAUUCAGCAGAAUUUUAGUCUGUAGAGUUUUAGAGGUAGAUUAAUAAAGUGCAUUCUUUCCAGCCUUCUGUGGAUGUUGUGAAGACCAGGCUCUGUGGCAUCAUGCCCCGGAUCCUGGUCCUGCAGGCAUGUGUCUCUGGCCACCAGACAGUCUGGAGAAGCAAGGCACUGCUCCUUCACCUGGGUGUGCUCCGUGGUCACUGGUGGUGGGAUCCCGCCCCAGAGGUACUGACUUGAGGGCUGAAUCCAAUACCCGGGGAGACACUUUAAUGACUUCAUGAUGGGGCAGUGAAGAUGCUUGCUGUUAGUAAAGGAAUUUCAUUCUUUUGGAAAGACUUGGGCCUUGACACAGCCCUGCCACUUAGUCCCUCUGCCUAGCUACUCCUCAGGCUCCACCCUUGCUGCAUGGGUGGUGAAAGGACUUGAAAGAGUUCAAGUGCAUGAGCUCUGAUUAGAAAAAAAGGAGGUCCUUUGAGACCAUCUUGGGACCAGGGCAAUGGGAGAGUGCCCCAACAUUGAAACCAGACAGCUGCUAAUUAAAUGGUUGGUGCCAAUCAAGAGUGGCCCUGGUCCUGGCUACUAGGUGUCCUGCUGCUCUAAGUCCCUAGAGUCGAGGUUGGUAAACUAUGGCCCAUGGGCCAGAUCAAGCCACAGUCAACUUUUAGUUUUAUUGGAACAUGCAGAUUGGAAAUGCUGGUUGGUCUGUCCGUCCCCACCUGCUCUCACUUGAGGGUAGAAUUAAGUUUUGCAGCAGAAGCCUUGUGGCUUAUAAAGCUGACAAUUUUUGUUGUCUGAACCUGUACAGAAAAACUUCCUGACCCCUACUUUAGGACAAAAUAAAGGCUAAAUAGAAGAAUGCUUUAAAAAGAAAAGAAAUGGUGAACACACAUGAUAAACCAAAGUUAGAAGAUUCUGCCCAUGCGAAGAAAAACAUUUUACAGUUCAUUCAAAUAUGGUGGACAUGCAGAUUUGUUCCAUCUGUUCUCCUGACUGGAAACUUAUAUUAAGUAAACUGGAGAGCAUGUCUUUGUCUGAAAUCAUAGCAUCAAAUUUUCACUCUGAUAAGCAUAUUGAUACAGCGUGUCCAAGAAGCACUUAUUCAACAGAAAGGCAAUUUCAGUUGUGUCUUGAUCAGCAUUUGAUGUUGUCCGUAUUUCUUUAUCCACUGUAAUAGGAGUGUAGUGGUGUCUCAUGGUUUUAAUAUUUCCUCAAGGCUGAAAAGGGUGAAUAUUUUUUCAAGUGCCUAUUUGCCUUCUGUAUAUCAUUUUUGGUGAAGAAUCUGUUCAAGUCUCAGUCCUAAAUUGUGUUGUUUAACCAUUGAAUUUAAGAAUCCUUGCAUGGUGUAAAUACAAAUCUGCUGCCAGAUACAUGCUCUGUACUAUUUUCUGCCGUUCUGCAGCUUGCCUUUUCAUUUACUUCCAGUCACAGAGCAAACAUUUUAAAUUCAGCAAGUCUACUUAUCAUUUUAUGGGUUAUACUUUUUUGGUGUCAUGUCCAAAAGAAAUCUUUGUUUAGCGUCAAGUUCCAAAGCUUUUGUAUGUUUCCUUCUGAAUGUUUUCUUAUUCUAAGUGUUAUAUUUAGACAUGAGAUAACUUUUAGUUUGAGAUAACUUUUUAAAGUGUGAGGUUCAUGCUUUUUGUUUUUAUUUGGGGCACGUGGACAGAUGUCUAGUUUUUUCAGUACCAUUUGUUGAAAAGACUGUCCUUCCUCCACUGAAUGUCCUUUGUAUCUCUGUCAAGAAUCAGUUAGCCACAUUCAUAUGGGCCUAUAUAGGACUUUUUUUCUUCAUUCAUCUGUGUCUCUUCUUUUGCCAAAACCACAUGACCAAGAUUGCCAUACUUUGUAAUAAUCUCAAAAUCCGAUAAUUUAAACCCUCCAGAUUUUUUUUCCUUUCCAAUUUGUUUUUACUAUUAAUUUUACCUUUCUACAUAUAUUUUAGAAUUGGUCUAUCUAUACAAAAGUCCUGCUUGGGUUUCCAUUGGAAUUUCAUUAUAGAUGAGUUUGGAGGUAAAUUCACAUACUUACAAUAGUGAGUUUUGUGAUUCGUGCAUGUGAUAUGUCUCCAUGUAUUCACAUUUUAUAGUUUCUGUCAUCAGCACAUUGUAGUUUUGGCAUACAUUAUCUUGUACAUAUUUUGUUAAAUAUUUAUUUUCUGGCCAUUAUUAUAAAUAGUUUUGUUUUUCUAAUUUUUGAAUUAUGCUUGUUCAUUGCUGAUAUAUAGAAAUACAAAUGAUUUUUGUGUGUUGGCCUUGUAUCUUAUGGUGCAACUAAAGUAAUAUUCAGAUGAAAAUGUAUAGGACUAACUGCCUAUGAUAGGAGUAAAAAGGUCUCAGUAAUAAUUUCUAUUUCCACUUUUCCAAAGUAGAAAAACAGUAUCAAAUUGAAGUGUAAGAAGAAAAGUAGCAAAGUAGAGCAGAAUUCAGUGACACUAGAGAGAGAAAACAGAAAAACAGCAGAAAAUUAAAGCUGUUUCUUUGAGAAGCUUAAAAAAUUCAUAAACCUCUGUCUAGACUGGUUAGGAGAAAAAGAUAGGACAGAUUACCCCUGUCAGGAGAGAGAUCACACCACUACAGAUUAUGCAGAUGUUUAUGAUCAUUAGAGACUAUCUGAAACACUUAGGGCAGCACACUUGAUGAUUUAAAUGAAA